AUGUAUAGGCCAGGAGAAACAGUCAAACGUCGACUCAACAUGCAUGCUCCUCCUCGGAUAAGAAACGUGGAAGUUGCUAGAGGAAGAGCAGGUUAUGGAUUCACCCUUUCUGGGCAAGCUCCUUGUGUUCUUAGUUGUGUUAUGAAGGGAAGCCCUGCAGAUUACGUGGGGCUUAAAGCAGGAGAUCAGAUAUUUGCAGUUAAUGAAAUCAAUGUGAAAAAAGCCUCUCAUGAAGAUGUUGUGAAACUUAUAGGAAAAUGUUCUGGAGUCCUGCACAUGGUCAUUGCUGAAGGGAUUAGUCACAUGGAUUCAUGUUCAAGUGAUGAAGAAGUCGGUUUUUAUGAUGGGAAGGGAUGGCUGAAACCCAAACCUGACUCUAAAGCUCUGGGUAUAAACAGAGCAGAGAAAGUUGUUGAAGAAAUGCAGUCUGGUGGCAUUUUCAACAUGAUCUUUGAGAACCCUACUCUUUGUGCUGCUAACUCAGAUCAUUCUGCACCAAAGCAAAGAUCAUUUUCAGCUUCUGCUGCUAUUAGAUUUGAAAGUGGCAAUGAAAGCAAUCCAAACCUACUGUCAAAGGAAGAAAUAUCCAAAGUCCUAAAUGAUGAUUCUGUUUUUAGAAUUGGACUGGAGGGUGCGGAAGACUUUGGAUUAGACGCAAGCAUAUUAAACGUUGCCAUGAUUGUAGGUUACCUAGGAUCCAUUGAACUACCUUCCACAACCUCCAAUUUGGAAACUGAGAGUUUGCAGGCUAUCCGUGGAUGCAUGAGGCGUCUGCGGGCAGAGCAGAAAAUCCAUUCCCUGGUGAUGAUGAAGAUAAUGCACGACUGCAUUCAGCUCUGCAGUGACAAAUCGGGGGUCGUGGCAGAAUAUCCUGCGGAGAAACUGGCGUUCAGCGCUGUUUGCCCGGAUGACAGAAGGUUCUUUGGACUAGUUACAAUGCAGACAAAUGAUGAUGCAAGCUUGGCUCAGGAAGAUGAAGGGGUUCUGAGGACAUCUUGCCAUGUUUUUAUGGUGGAUCCCGAACUAUUUCAUCAUAAAAUUCAUCAGGGCGUAGCAAGGCGUUUUGGACUGGAAUGUACAGCGGAUCCAGACACAAAUGGCUGUCUGGAGUUUCCAACCUCAUCUCUACCAGUCCUGCAGUUUAUUUCUGUCCUGUACAGGGAUAUGGGGGAAUUGAUUGAGGGAAUGCGCGCCAGGGCUUUUCUUGAUGGUGAUGCAGAUGCUCAUCAGAAUAACAGCACAAGCAGUAACAGUGACAGUGGAAUUGGGAAUUUUAACCAAGAAGAAAAGAAUAAUAGAGUUCUGGUGGUUGAUUUGGGGAGCAAUCCAACUAAACACAUUCCUAACAGCAUAUGGGAAAAUCCAGUAGGAAGGGGACAAAAUCAGCCUCCUUCCCAUUGGAAUGGCUUCUGUCAUGAACAAGAAGGAAACGUUCCUUUGGAAGCAAUUCCGAGUGAGAAGUCCCAGAAUGUAAGCAAACACCUAAGUCCUUCUGCUCGGAUCGAAGUUCCACUGGUCUCCUCCCGAAAUUCAGUACCCCCAUCCAAGAAAAAUGCUGCAGGCUUAGGCAAUCAGAGGUGGCUGCCUGUGCAUGUCCUGCAGGAAUGGCAGCAUGGAAAUGCAAGUGACCAGGAGUCCUACACGGAUUCCACGGACGGCUGGUCAAGCGUGAACUGUGCGACUCUUCCCCCACCAAUGAGCAAGAUUCCAGCUGACAGGUACAGAGUCGAUGGCAGCUUUGGCCAACCACAGCUAAAAUCUCACAAAAGUGAAUGGUCCAAGAAGGUGUUUUGCAUGCAGAACAAAUUUGGCCCUUCGCACAGUAUUAGGAAGUCUAAAGAGGACAAAAAGGGUGCAAAAUUUGGACAUCCCAUGGGAUUGAAUCAGGCUCCUCCUCCACGUUCUUCUGUGCGAAGAUCCUUUGGAAGAUCCAAGCGAUUUAGUAUUACUCGUUCUCUGGAUGACCUGGAGUCAGCAACUGUUUCUGAUGGAGAGCUGAAUAGUACUGAUUUAAAAGACUGCAUCAGUGAGAACAGCCUCAGCAGCAAUGCCAGCCUUCCCAGCGUCCAGAGCUGCCGACGCCUUCGAGAAAGGAGAGUUGCAAGCUGGGCUGUCUCCUUUGAGCGUCUUCUUCAGGAUCCUCUUGGUGUUAAAUAUUUUUCGGAAUUUCUGCGGAAGGAAUUUAGCGAAGAAAAUAUUCUAUUUUGGCAAGCCUGUGAAUAUUUUAACCAUGUACCUGCACAUGAUAAAAAAGAGCUUUCUUACAGAGCUCGGGAGAUCUUCAGCAAGUUCUUGUGUAGCAAAGCUACAACCCCAGUUAAUAUUGAUAGCCAGGCACAGCUGGCAGAUGAUAUUCUCAAUUCCCCACAUCCAGAUAUGUUCAAGGAACAGCAGCUUCAGAUAUUUAACUUGAUGAAGUUUGAUAGCUACACUCGCUUUCUCAAGUCCCCCCUGUACCAAGAAUGCAUCUUAUCUGAAGUAGAAGGUCGUGCUCUCCCUGAUCCUCAGCGUGUUCCCAGCAGCCCCACCUCUAAACACAGUAUCAGUUCAGAGAAGUCUAACAUCUCAACGCCAAAAAAGUUAAGUGGUAAAUCAAAGUCAGGAAGAUCUUUAAAUGAAGAGUCAGGAGAAGAAGACACUGAGAAGAAGAAAAGGGGAACGUUUUUCUCAUGGUCAAGAAGUAAGAGUUUGGGAAAAUCACAGAAGAGGAAAGAAAAUGGUGAUUAUCCAAACGAUUCUAUUCAGUCCAAUGGAUUAUCAUACAGGAGGGAAUCACAAGGCUCCAUGUCAUCAACUGCUAGUCUUGACCUGUCUGAACCCUCAAGAUUGCCUGCAUUUGCACCAGAUAAAGAAAAAUCACCCAAAUACUGCUGUGUAAACCUUCCAGAUGGUUCAUCCAGCAAAAUGGCUGUUAAAUCUGGAUUCUCCAUCAAAGAGGUGCUAUCUGGGGUCUGUGAGAAACAUGGCAUUAACAUAGCUGCAGUGGACCUUUUUUUGGUUGGAGGUGAUAAGCCACUUGUAUUGCACCAAGACAGUAGCAUCCUGGAGUCUCGGGACCUACGGUUGGAAAAGCGCACUUUAUUUCGGCUGGAUCUUGUUCCAAUCAAUCGAUCAGUUGGGCUGAAGGCUAAACCCACCAAACCUGUAACAGAGGUCCUAAGGCCUGUGGUUGCAAAAUAUGGUUUAAAUCUAAAUGAACUUGUGGCAAGACUAAAUGGUGAGCAGGAACCACUUGAUCUUGGUGUCCCUAUAUCUAAUCUGGAUGGGCAGCGGGUGGUUCUGGAUGAAAAAGAGCCAACCAAGGGUAGAGCGUUUACAGAUAAACAGAAAGGUGCAUCAGGCAAACCGACUGCAACUGUAACCACUUCAAGAAGUCAAGUGUCCACCGGAGAGGGAAGAACUCUAGGAAAGUCUAAUUCUAUCAAAAUGAAAGGAGAAAAUGGAAAAAAUGCUAGGGAAGUCCGGCUGUCAAAGAGAGAAGACUCUAUUGCAAAGAUUGGGAAAAAAAAAUGUCAGAAAAUAAAUUUGGAUGAAGCAGAGGAAUUUUUUGAACUCAUAUCCAAAGCACAAAGUAACAGAGCAGAUGACCAACGUGGACUGCUAAGGAAAGAAGACCUUGUUCUUCCCGACUUUCUUCGUUUACCACCCACUGGACCACCAGAACCAUGCUCAUCUACUCCUGCAGGCCCCAAGGGCCUCAACAGGCGAGUUUCAAAACACGAUGGCAAGGAUGGAUGCACAUCACCGAGUGGGAAGCAGGAGUCCAUCCAAAACUCAAGUGAGAGUUCAGUUAAGAAAAUGAGCUACUCAGAAAAACAUAAAUCAGCUUUGACAGCCCUCCACAGCCAGAAGACUUUCAGUGCUCCUUUUAGCCCCGCGUUGUCUCCGAUUCCGCAUGCCCAGGAAAGCAGUGCAACAAUAUGGAAAAGGCAAUCAAGAGAACUGCAGGCUGAAGGCAUACAGAUGGUAGAUGAUGAGAACGUGGCAGACUUGACUCUUGUGGCUGAAGGAGAUAUUAGCAGCCCUAACAGCACUUUGCUACCGCCGCCACCAACCACCCCACCGUCAGACAGCAGUAAACUCACAGAAGCCAACUAUCCACCCCCAACUCCUUUGGCAGGUAAUCAGGAAAAAUCUGGAUAUCAAAGAUCCAAUUCAGGUGUGAACCACAGAAAGAAAAAAGAUUCACAAGGGACUUCAGGAAACUCCUGUGAGCAGGCCUCCUCUCACAGAGUGAAGAGCAGCAGAAGCUUUCAUCAUCCUGGUGUGAGACAGAACCCUGGGACAGAGCUCCCAGUAAACAGAAUAAUUGAUGUGGAUGGAGUCAAGCUGGAGGACCCUGGCACACGCUGCUGUGAGGAUUCUGAGGGCAACCUCAGCUUUGAAGGUUACAUCUCUGAACUGAGGUCUUGCCAAGGAAGGAUGAGGACUGGAGUGUAUAGGACAUCAGACCUUCCAUCUCUGAUUAAUGUCAAGAGUGAGAAGAGAUUCCCUGUGUGUCAGCAGAGUUUUGAAGUGGAAGUAAAAUCAGUUACUGGUGUAAAAAGAUGA